GCGGCAAGCUGCUGUAAAAAUAAAAAUAUUAAUCUAUAAAGUACCAGUUUGGAGUUAUUGUCACAGUAUUUUCAUCAUAGAUAUUGAUUUAUUUAUUUUACAACAACUAAUGGACUUUUAAAUGUGUAGAGUUUAAUUAGCAUUAGAUAUUUGUGAUAUAUACAAAGAGAACGUGUUGUUAGUAGAUAUUCAUACAUUCCUGUAGAUUACAAUGCCUUCGCCCCGGGACCAGGAUGAGGACGUGAAUCUAUCGAUUUAUGUUCGUGUUGUAUCGUCUAUUUUUAUUGUGUCAGCUAUAACUGCGUUUGCAUUUACUGUGGCACGGCUGCUGAACCCGUAUUUAUUUUAUGAGAAAGAUUUAGAAGGAACAGAUCUAAUUGUGCACUACCUGAUAUCGGGCAUGAUGGUUGUGGCGAGUGUGAUUGGGGUGGUGAACAGUGCAGUUAUGUUGAGCCGCAGUCAGCAGGCGCGAGGGGUAACUGUCUGGUUGCUGCUAGAUUCGCUGUUCGAAGGUGCGCGCGUUGUUUACGCGUUCGUAAGCGCCGCUGUGCUGCACGGCACCGGUAUGUUACUGCGCUACGAGCUUGCACUCACCCUCAUCCAGUACUUGCUGGACAGCUAUGUAUAUUGUCAGAUGAUACUGAGACACUGACAGUUCGAGAGGCAGCUGCAACGCCGGCGCCAGCGCAACAUCAGAACUGUUUAUUCAAAGAAACUUUUAUAACAGUUAACUGAUUACGCUAUGCAACAAAUGAUCUAUUGUACCAAAGGAGUGGCAACACGGUGGCAUCAUCAAAUCUCUGGUCACAAAACCACUCUAGUAUUAUUAUGUAUUACAAUGUAUAUAUAAGAUUAACUUGUAGAUGCUGUCCCGAGGGCGGUACAUUUCUUAGUGAGAUUGAUUUGUAAUAUAAAUAUGUUUAUGUUUUUAAAACAAUAUUCCAUAUUAGCUGUGAUUUUAUCAAAUUCUAAGUUAAUUUGAAAGAAAGCUUUACCUACCACUAUGAAAGGUUUGAGAGUUUAGGUAAUUAAUAGACUAUGUUUUUUGCUUGAUUUUUUAUUGGCUGAUCUGAUUUUUUUAACUUAAAUGUGAUAUUGGCCACUCUUUAAGGGUAAAAAGAUACAUUCCUAGUUCUAUUUUUGUUUAUUAUUUUUAUAAUUCUCGAAACUAUUUUAACGUAACUGUGUAAUUCGUAUCUAUUUCGUUCGCCUUUGAGAUAUUGCUUGAACAAUUUCUUUGUCUUAGAAUUCCGGGAUAAAACAAGACGCAGCUUGCCUUGUAUAAGAUAUAGAAGAAAUAGAAAACUCGCCUAAACCAAAAUACUAUAAAAAACAUUCUUUGACAAAGAAAUUGGAUGUAAAAGCUGCCAAAGAAUGAAUGACUAUUGUGUAAUGUACGUGAUCGUACUGUUUUAGUUCCUAGCUUGUGUAAUGGAAUAUGAUAAUUGAACUCAUUUUAAACGUAUGUAGGUAUUGAAUAGAGAAAGUGUAAUGUAACGCGAACGUUGUGUUACACAUCAACGGAUGUUAUAAAUUGAGAGUUUCCUGUCGUUAUUUUGAUUGGAUAUGAAGAUACUUUUUAGCAAAGGUCAAAUCGGGUCUGGGAAUGGCUUUCGUCAACAACCGAAUUAAGAAGGAAUCCAAUGAUUCAUGUUUUUGGGUCCGACUAUAACAUGUGUACCUGAGUAUCAUGGUGGUAACAUGGUGAAACUCUUGCUAUUCAUUAUAAAUAAAAGAUUAUAAUCCCAUGCAUGAGGCCCGUGAUUUUUCAAAUUUGUGUCAGGUAAAUUUGAACGGGAAACUCUUAAAAUAUGAUUAUGAAAAGACUUUUUUUAUAUUUUGAUUUUUAUAUUACGUUUAAGUUACU